ACUACCUACCACAUAAUCCGCUUUCAUGUCUAAGCCAAUCAAGCUCUACUCCCACACUCUGGGCCCGAACCCAUGGAAGGUCGCCAUCAUCCUCGAGGAGCUCAAAGUUCCCUACGAGACCGAGUACAUGGACAUGUCUGUCCUGAAGCAGGAGCCAUUCAUCAAUGUCAACGUCAACGGCAGAGUGCCAGCCAUUGAAGAUCCCAACACUGGAAUCACCCUCUGGGAGUCCGGCGCCAUCAUCGACUACCUCAUCGACACCUACGACAAGAGCAACACCUUCAGCUACUCCGAGUCUCCACAAAAGUACUACGAGAAGCAAUGGGAACACUUCCAGAUGUCAGGACAGGGACCAUACUUCGGCCAGAAAGCUUGGUUCACUCACUUCCACUCGGAGAAGAACAUCACUAGCGCGAUCGACCGCUACGGUAACGAGAUCAAGCGUGUCCUCAGUGUCAUCGAUCUCCACCUCAAGAGAACGGGCCAGCCAUACCUCGUUGGCGACAAGGUCUCCUACGCAGACCUGAUGUUCGUUCCAUGGAACAUGAUGUUCGGGUUCAUCAUGAGUGAAGAGUUCGACCAGGAAUGGAAGAGCAGCUAUCCAAAGUGCUACGAGUGGCACCAGAAGCUCAUUGCUCGCCCGGCUGUGAAGAAGGUGCUUGACACCAAGGCGGCGAAGUUGGCGGAGUCGAAGUAGAUGCUGUCGCUGUUGAAGCAGGAGGAGACAUGAUGAUCUGCAGUUAUGGGCAGGCAAUGGAUAUAUAAACAAGAUAUUCGAGACAUGUACAGUCAGCAGGAACGUGCAUUGCAGCCAAGGUAUAACCCUGGAGCACCGCAUGGAGGUCGAUCUAGUGACCAGAUAGUACCAAUUCUUUCCGCUAUUCUGCAAGACCUCUGCAGUAGAUGCGCGGCCAGUAAUCGAAGCACUUGAAGCGGACGUAAAGCGGCCAAGCCUCCUGUCAGUGGGAUAUUCGCUUGGUUGAGCCGUAUAGUGCGGGAUGCACAGCGAUAUAAACGCCAUUGACCUUUCGCAUAGGUAAGUCUUCGGCAACAGUUGAGUGAACGACACCUUUCUUCCGC